AUGCGCGGGUCCCGGCCAAAUUCCAACAUACCAAAGCCCUACUACUAUAUAAGAAGCGGAUCCGCCGCCAGAAAACCUCAAACCAACCGGAAUUCUGCCCCCAUCUCCUCCAAUUCCCUCUCAAUUGCUUCCGUCCAGAUGUCCCAGGGAAUUACUUUCCGGGGCGAGACCUUCGCCGUGCCCGAGACCCACGAUAUGGUGAAGACGCUCUUUGACCCCAGCGUGAGGAAGCUGGUGUGUGAGCUGAUCAUAUUGGUGCUUUUGGCGGCCAACGGCGUGAUUUUCUUGCUUCCGCUGGCCGACGCCCAGAUCAAGGUAUUCAUUGCCCUUUACGUGUUCUGGCGUUUUUGCUACAACUUCGGUAUUGGCUACUUGCUCAACCAGCAGCUGAACAGGUUCAGACUAGUCGGGUGGGCUAAAAAAUUGCGUUUGUUUGAGAAGAACUCUCUGUCGAAGUUGGCUCAUUUCGCCCAGAUGGAGAUCAAGUCCCAAAUGGGCCCAGAGUACUCGAUUUCUGCUUACCCGGUGGAUUUCAACACAUGGUUGAUUUUCCGUAAAGUCGUUGAUUUGAUCUUGAUGCUGGACUUCACUACGUUUGUGUGUCUUGUAGUUGCUUGCUGUCUUAAAGACAACUACCAGUUUUUGCACGGACAGCCUGUUUGGGCGGUGACGGCUCGAAUUGUCGUUGGAAUCUCCCUCAUUUUGUUCAACUUGUGGGUGAAAGUCAAUGCUCAUAACACCAUUAAGGACUAUGCGUGGUACUGGGGCGAUUUCUUCUUCAGACAGAUCAACAACGAAGAUUUGAUCUUUGAUGGCGUGUUUGAGAUGUUUCCUCACCCCAUGUACUCUGUGGGUUACAUUGGGUACUAUGGAUUUGCUCUCAUUGCCAAAUCUUACACGGUGUUGGUGGUGGCCGUUUUCGGUCACUUCUUGCAAAUGGUGUUCUUGCGCUUCAUUGAAAACCCCCAUAUCGAUAAGAUUUACGGGCCUUCGGCCAACGAAAACAGCUUGCAGCAGUUGAUCAACUACAAGGAUUUGGCCAAUUUUGAUAACGCCAAGCCCUUGGUUGGGUUGGCCAACUUCAACGUAUUGAGAGCAAGCGACGUGAUCAACUUGAUCAACUGUGUCACCUACCUGGCUUUUAUUCCUGUCUUGGCCUCUCUUACCGCGUACGAUGUCUCUGCCGUGAGCCGAAUUCUCUUCUACUUGACUGUGGCCAUGAAAGUGCUCGAGUCCUUUUCUAUCGAUAUCGUUUUGGUUCUCCAAAGCGAGUUCAAGACCUUCACCAAAUGGUACCUCUCCAAUAACGUUCCUGUUGAAAAAUCCCUCAACAACUUUGCCGUUCUCUACAACUCCUUCAUCAACUUGACCUACGCCUCGUUUAUUGGUAUGAACUUGUUCAAGGUGCUCACUUGGUGUCAGUUCCAGCACUUGUUCUUUACUGAAUACCUCUACUUGCGAAUCUUUAUGGGCGUGAUGCUUGUCGUUACCCAGGUCUGGAUCAAUGCCUCCAUCAUUGAUCUGAUUGGCUACUUUGGCUGGUUUUACGGCGACUUCUUCAUUCCCAAGUCUUCCUUUAUGCCCCAAAGAGCGCAUUUGACCAAAGCUGGUGUGUACCGUUACUUGAACAACCCCGAGCAAGUUUUCGGCGUCUGUGGCGUCAUGGGGGUCACUUUGAUGUUGCCCACUUUCGACAACCUCGUGAUUUGCUUGAUUUGGGUCGUCAACAACUUCAUCAGAAUCAAUUUCAUCGAAAAGAACCACAUGAUCAAGAUCUACGGAGAGGAUGAGGUUCUUCAAGACAGUGGUGUCACCAAGACCGUCAAGAAACACUUGUUGCCUGAGGGUAUCGAGAAGAAGCUCAGUAGGUCGGAUUCCCAGAAGCGCCAAGCUGCCACCACGUCGUUGAUGGUGUCUUUUGACGCUUUCAUGAAGGAGUUGAGAGCCACCACCAGCUUAUUCUCCAAACAGAGCAUCGCCGAUUUGUCCCAAAACAAGUACUUCGCCAAUAGUGACUACCAUUUGGAGAUUACAGAUUUACACGAGACAGAAUCUAUUCCUUUCAAAUACGUUGGUCAGCCUGUUCAAGUCAAAUUCUCUGCUCCUCAGGGCCAUUCUUCAAAAGACUGGGUUGGUUUGUACAAGAUCACACAUACGUCGUACUCUCGUUACAGAACAUUGAUCUCGUCCAACUCUCGCUGGGACUGGACUGGUCCAGAGACUACUGGCUUCAUCAAGUUUUCCCAUGAAAAGUUGUUUUGGGAAGAAGGUCUCUACGAGUUCAGAUACCACAUUGAUGGAAAGCACGACGUUGGUUUUAUUUCUUCGCCGUUUGAGAUCAAAUGUCCCAAGAUCAAAGUUCCUUCCACCGGUGCCGAUGCUCCAGAGUUGGCUGAGGAGCUCAAAAAGGCUAUAUUUGCCAAUAUGUUGACAGCUAAGAUUGAAAUUGAUAUACCAAUCUACCUGUGUAUCGGCAAAAAUGACGAUAUUGUCGCCAUCUACACAAGGCUUGCCCAGCUUAUCAGCAAAUGCACCGGUGUCAACGUCAGCAAGAGGUUUUUGAUCUACAACGACAACGAAAGCGGCAACAAGUUCACCAUUCUUGACUUGGCAACAAAGUUGGUCUCCAUCAACAACGCCUUGUCUGAGUUGCUGGUGGACGAGCGUGAGCAUUUGUCGAAAGAAAAGAAAACACAAUAG